ACCGGCCGGUGGAUGACCCGGAUGUUGAUAUGACAUUAUAAACUCGGUAAUUUCCCCGAGCCUGGUGGCUUCAAUGAAGAGUAGUUAGCAAAAAAAAUUAAGGUCUUCAUAAUUCAUUAACCAGAUGCCGAGAAAAAUAUCUUAAAGCGUUGUCUGAAAUAUUUAAUUUAAGCGUCUUUAACCAUGUCUCAGGAGGGAUAUCAGCCAGCAGCGAUGAGCUCCGCCGACCCCAGCUUGAAUGCACAUGAGUCGCAGAGGCCCAACCCCGGGAAGACGCCGAUACAAAUCCUGCACGAAUACGGCACUAAAAGCGGCAACCUUCCCGUGUACGUGAUGGAGAAGGCUGAAGGAGAGGCUCACCAGCCCAGCUUCGUCUUCAGCGUGAAAAUCGGAGACGUUAACUGCUCAGGUCAAGGUCCCAGUAAAAAGGCUGCGAAACACCUGGCUGCAGAGGCCGCACUGGAUAUUCUGCAGAUAGACGCUGGAACAGUCAUGAGCGUGCCUGUGAAGUCUGAGAGUAACGGCGUUGCAGCGGACACAAACAACCAUCCCAACUCGGUGGGGAUACUGCAGGAGUUGGCUUUACAGAGAGGAUGGCGUCUUCCUGAAUACACAGUUUUAAUGGAGGCUGGUCCGCCACACAAGAGAGAGUUCACUGUCACUUGUCGGAUGGAGUCCCUGUCAGAGAAAGCUGUAGGAAAUUCAAAAAAGGCAGCAAAAAAGGCGGCUGCGGAGAAAAUGGUGGCAAAGCUUCAAAGUCUGUCAGGCUGUUCUGAAAUCACAUGGACUCCUAAACCGAGUGUUCGAUUUGAGAACUUGAGGAACUCAUCAGCGGAGAAGAUCUCUUUACUGAGAAGAAACCCGCUGAGCAUUCCCAACACAGAUUACAUUCAGAUGAUGUUGGAUCUGUCCAAGGAGCAGGGCUUCGAGGUCACAUACUUCGACAUCGACGAGCUGACGGUGAACGGCCAGUACCAGUGCCUGGCAGAGCUGUCCACCUCCCCGGUCACCGUGUGCCACGGCACGGGCAUCUCCUGUAGCAACGCUCACAACGACGCAGCACACAGCGCCCUCCAAUACAUCAAGAUCAUGGCCGCCUCCAAGAGCAUAUUGAGCUGAAUGUCGUCGACAGCCAAGUAGAAGAUCUUAAACUUUUAAGUUCACCUCAGAGAAACCCACCUCUGUGAGCAAAAACCACCUGAAAAGGAAAGGGAAGUUUUAAAAAAAAAAAGAAAAAAGAAGAAGAGACUAUUAUGAAUAUUUAUUUAUUUUUUCCUACAUCAACUCUUCCAUCUGUCAGUAUGCAAUCUAGAGUACAACCUUUCUAGUUCACUCUCAAAAUAGAUAUAUAAUGUAUUUGUUUUUUGCAGUGUGUGUGCCUCCAUUGUAUCAUGUGAAACCUGUAUCAAAUAAAACCCGGUGGAGAGCAACACGACAACACAUGUAUGAACCGUGAAAUAAACACUAAAUG